UUUUAGUUACUUCUGAUCAUUCUGGUUUAAUUGAAACAAUACAAAAUUCUAUUUCGAUCCAUUCAAUUAAAAAAGAUGCUUAUGCUAAAAGAUUAAACGAAAAAGGAUUUGUAUUCACACUAUUUGAUUAUUUCGUCAAGACAUAUGGAGAUGUGACCUCUGAAGCUUUUUUGCGUGCUCAAGAUAAUUUUAUGAGAAGUUUGGCCGCAUAUUCUUUAGUGAGUUAUAUUUUACAAGUAAAAGAUCGGCAUAUUGCACAAAAUUCUGUAUUACAGUAG